UCUCGAUCUCCUCCACCACCUCGCCAUUAUUACCCACCCCGCCUCCUCCUCUUCCUCCUCUCUGUUCGUGCGUAUCUUUCUCUGAUUCGCGAUGGUGCCGUCGGGGCAGAGGCGGCAGGAGUUCAGCUUCCAGGGGUCGUCGCCGUCGUCGAUGGCGGCGGCGGGGGGAGCGGAGUUUGAGAGGAUCGGAGUGAGGAUGAGGAGCCCGCUGGGGAACCCGAUGGCGCUGAGGGAAGGGGAGGAGGAGUCGCGGUGGCUGCAGGCGUCGCAGAUCGGCUCGCCGGAGUCUGGGUCCGGCACGCCGUCGCCGCAGUUCUGGGGGCAGCAGCAGCACCGCGGGGGCGGCGGUCAGCAGGUGCACUUCCACCGGCUCUACCCGGCGUCGGCCGGGAGCUCGCCGUCGCGGGCGCAGGCGAUCGCGGGUUACCGCCGCGAGAUGCUCGACCUCGUCCGCGGCCUCCCCGAGUCCGCCUACGAGCUCUCCCUCCGCGACAUCGUCGAGUCCCCGCCCGCUCCUCCUCCGCCGCCGCCGCCGCACCCUCUCCCUCCUCCUCCUCCCACCCCGCCACCAACCACCACCGCCACCACCGAAGCAAAGAUCGCCGCCGCGGCGGCGGGCGCCAUGGACGACGAAGCCAACAAGAAGCAGAGCAAGAAACAGGGGAAAUCCACCACCACCACCACCAAGACCAAGACGAGGAAGCAGAGGACGCGGAGCCGGAGCCUCGACCGCAGCGCGAGCCUCGACACCGGCCUCCUCAUCAAGCUCUUCCUGCCGCUCUCCGUCGGCGGCGGGAAGAAGAAGGUGUCCCCCAAGCCCCCCGCCUCCGGCAAGAAGAAGACGGCGACGAAGAAGAAGCAGCAGCAGGAGGCGCAGCAGGAGGAGGAGUGGUGGAACAAGGGCGAGUUCAGCGAGGCCGGCAGCAGCAGCAGGACGAGCAGCACCAACUCUACCAACAGCAGUAGCAGCGGCGGCGGCGGCCAUGGAAGCAGCGGCGGGAAUGGCCAUGGCGGCAGCAACCCAAAGGCUCUGACAAACAGGAGUAGGAGCAGAAAGAGAAUUGGGUGCUAUGGUUUCUUCAAGGCAAACAAAAGCAAAAAUGGAGGCACUGAAGAUUAAUAAAUCAUGCAGAUGAUGCAGUGGGCUAGCUACACCCAAGAGGAUAUAAAGCUCUUGUCUAGUGAUCUGCUUAUACAGGCAUCAGCAUCCAAAAGGAGCUCAUGAAAAUGAUGCAAAAUGGCCAACUUUUUGCAUACAUAAAACCAGUGCAAGAUGCAUUGAAAGAUAUGACACCAGUGGACUUGUAAUUGUGCACCAUUAUCACUGAUCCACAGUUUCACACACAGAGAAAUUAGAGAGAGGGAAUGCAUAAUAAUGCAUGGGACAAUAUCCUGCAUUGGCACUGAGAUCUUCUGCUUGCCACAAUUUCCUGUACUUUCUGACAGUCUCACAUCUCCUGUACUAUUUCUCUGUCUGUACAUGUCAAUGUAAUAAUUAAUCUCUUUGGUUUUUUGUUAGUUGCUAAUUAAAACAAAUAUUUGUGGAUGAUGACACACCAGUUCAGUAGUUAGCUUUUGCUUUUAUGAGUUUGCCUUUCUUGACAAAGUUGUGUGUUCAACCAAAUGGCCAACUAAUCAAGGAUAAUCAAGAUCUUAAACAGAGAUUCAGGCCUAAUAAAAGUCUUCGAGGUCAACAUGCAAUUCCUAGCAUCCCAUCAAUAUGCAUUCUAUGGUUUUGCUUUGCACAAUACCUGCUACAAAACAAUGUUGGAU